AUGAUAAUUAACGCGAUAUUCUUUUGUUUAGUGAUGGGCGCGGCGCUUACGGAAGCGCCUGACGAUGCAGAUGUCUGUUUCCGUGUGUCCGGUGAGAAUGGUUUGGUGGAGUGCGAUGUACGAACACUGUCGUCGGACAGGGAUAUCGUCGGUUCGAUGCACUUGGAUGGCGCGGAACGACUCGCGAUUCGUUGCAAACAAGAACUGCUCGAGAGCUCUUUGCGAGAUCAUCACUUCGGAAGAAUGCAAGGUUUGGCAGAGAUAUCUAUAAAAAACUGCAAAAUACUACGCUUACCUGGCAACGUUUUCGAAGGGCUACGAGGUCUGAAAUCACUGAAGAUUCGCUCAAUGAACAAUGAAUGGGGCAACAAUAAGGAAUUGGAUCUAUCUCUAGGAGCUUUUAACGGCUUGAGGGAGCUACAUACUUUAGAUUUAAGCUACAACAACAUAAGAAAGAUACCAUCAGACUUAUUUUGCGCCUUAGAAAAUAUUAUUUCACUAAAUUUGACGCACAACAAAAUAAAGUUUGUCGAUGAACUCGGUUUUGGUCACAAAUGCGGGUCCACAUUACAGACUAUUGACUUAAGUCAUAAUGACAUCAUGUCGCUGCCAGCUGACUCAGAAAUUUUGCAUUUGCGACGGCUGACACAGUUAUUCCUUCAAAAUAAUAAAAUAAGUGAACUACCGGGGGAAGUUUUUAGUGAUUUACUAUCUUUGAAAGUUGUAAACCUUUCUGAUAAUGCUAUAAGUUAUUUGCCAGAAGGAUUAUUUUAUAAUACUAGGGAAAUUCGUGAAAUUUAUAUGCAAAAUAAUGAACUGGAAACAUUGCCGAAGAGAAUAUUUAAUCGACUGGAACAAUUGCUCGUUUUAGAUCUUUCGGCGAAUAAAUUGAGGAGCGACCACAUAGAAGAUGAAACGUUCGGUGGUCUAAUAAGAUUAAUCGUGCUCGACCUGUCCCAUAAUACGGUCGCACGGAUCACGCGAAAUAUGUUUAAAGACUUGUUCUUUUUGCAAAUUUUAAAUCUAUACAAUAACUCAAUUGGAUCCAUUGAGGAUAAUGCAUUUACACCGCUUUUUAACCUACACACAUUGAACCUAGGCCAAAAUAAGUUACAAGGUAUAGAAGACCAUGUGUUUAAUGGAUUGUUCAUAUUAAAUAAAAUAAAUUUAAACAAUAAUAUGUUAUCUUAUAUCAGCGAGAAUGCAUUUGCAAACUGUUCAGAUUUAAAAGAAUUAGAUUUAAGUUCUAAUAAGUUCACUAAGGUUCCUGAAGCAAUUUUGCAAUUACCGUUUUUGAAGUCGCUGGAUAUAGGUGAAAAUAUGUUGACAGAGAUAACUAAUAGUUCAUUUCAAAAUCUAUCGCAACUGACCGGGUUACGUUUAAUUGACAAUCAAAUCGGAAACCUUACUGCUGGUAUGUUCUGGGGCUUGCCGAGUCUGCAAGUGCUCAAUUUGGCAAAAAAUAAAGUACAGGCUAUUGAAACCGAAACCUUUCAAAAGAAUUCCCAAUUGGAGGCCGUACGGUUAGAUGGAAACUUUAUUUCUGAUAUAAACGGAGUGUUUGUAGCAUUGACAAAAUUGUUAUGGUUAAAUUUAUCCGAAAACCAUUUAGUUUGGUUUGACUACGCCUUUGUGCCGGGAAGUUUGAAAUGGUUGGAUAUUCAUGCUAACUUUAUAGAAAUUCUGGGCAAUUACUAUAAAAUUCAAAAUGAACUCCAUGUCAAAACAUUAGAUGCGAGUCAUAAUCGUUUAGUAACUCUGUCGGCGAUGUCUAUUCCAAAUAGCGUAGAGCUAUUGUUUAUAAACAAUAAUUUAAUUUCAAGCAUCGAAACAGAUACAUUUCUAGAGAAGAAGAAUUUAACUCGCGUUGAUAUGUAUGCUAAUGAAAUCGAAAGUUUGGAUAUAAACAGUUUGCAUGUUGCAAGAGUGGCUGAUGAACGUUCUUUGCCUGAGUUUUACAUUAGCGGCAAUCCAUUUCAUUGUGAUUGCACAAUGAAAUGGCUUUUACUCAUUAAUUCCAUCACAUCUAGACAAUAUCCACGCGUGAUGGACUUAGAGAAUGUUAUUUGCAAGGAAUCCUAUGUACGCGGCGUGAAGUAUCUCCCGGUCAGUUCUCUUCACAUCAAAGACUUUUUGUGUAAAUACGACGAUUACUGUCCUGAUGGUUGUCAUUGUUGCGAUUUCAAUAACUGUAACUGUAAAAUAUUGUGCCCAAAUAAUUGUUCUUGUUAUCACGACUCUGCCAAAAGCACGAACGUAAUUGAUUGUUCUGUUAAACAAUUGAAAUCAGUACCUCACAACUUUCCUGUCGACGCGACCCAUAUAUAUUUGGAUGGCAAUGUUUAUAGCGAAUUAAAUGAAUCUGUUUUUAAAUCAAUGAGUAAAGCUAUCGUAGUGUAUCUCAAUUCCAGUAAUAUUGUAAGUAUACAUAACAAUACGUUUAAUCGACUCGAAGAUCUAAGAAUACUUCAUUUGGAUAAUAACAAACUAAAACAAUUACGGGGGCUUGAAUUUUCAAAGCUAUGUAACUUAAGAGAACUGUAUCUUCAAAGUAAUUUAAUUGAGUACAUUUCAAAUAAAACUUUUACUGUUUUAGUAGCUCUAGAAAUUUUACGCCUAGAUGGCAACAGACUUGUGAACUACGGUCUGUGGCAUUUAGACAAUAAUAAAAGGUUACAAUCAUUAUUCAUUGGCAGUAACAACUGGUCCUGCGAUUGUGAAUAUUUACAAGGUUUUUUAACUUACGUAUCACAAAAUGUUGAGAAAAUAAUAGAUAUGCCUAAGCUCUGGUGUGUGAAUGAGAACAUGAACCCGGAAAAGAAGCCAUUGAAUUUAAAUGUGACAGCUUGCAGUGAAAUAAGCGAUUCAUCCAUGAUAAGCGCGUUCUUCGUCUCAAACAACUUGCCAUUAUUGGCCUCGGCUCUUACUGGGUUCAUGCUUAUAUUAUUAAUAUUAGCUUUAGUAUUCACGUUUAGGUAUGCCUGUAGAAUGUGGUUGUAUUCAAAUUGUGGCAUUAAAUUGUCUCCUUUAUCGAGUAGUUUUAAGGAUGCCGAUAAGCUUUAUGAUGCAUAUAUUUGCUAUAGCCCUAAAGAUGAGGAAUUUGUAGUAGAAUCACUAGCUCGUGAACUGGAGACGGGCUAUCCAUCUUACCAUCUCUGCCUACACUAUCGAGAUGUGCCGCAGUUUGAAGCGACAUAUGCACAAUUUCCCGAUUUAGUAGUCGAGGCCACCGAAGCGUCCAGGCGUAUCAUAGUAGUGCUAACAAAGAACUUUAUCUCGACGGAGUGGUCGCAGAUAGAGUUCCGACAAGCUUUACAAAAAGCGUUACAAAACCAUCCACAUAAAUUAAUUAUAGUCAGCGUAGGGCUCAUCCCACGAGAUCCGGAGUUAAAGUCGUAUUUCAAAACGGGUUUGGAGAUAACAUGGAAAGAGAAACGUUUUUGGGAAAGGUUACGUUAUGCAAUGCCAUCAUCUAAGCGACGUGGACAGAAGUUGAAAAGACUAAAUUAUGGAAGAAAUUCUAACACAUACACUAUGGAUGCAUCGGUGUUAAACAGUACAUGUCAAACUCUGUGCGGUAAGUCUGCAAAUUCAGCGGAACGCUCACCAUGCGAUCGUCCUUUGUCUGAACAUAUCUAUUCCACAAUAGAUUCAGAUUAUUCGUCCACAGACUUCCAAGGUCGACAUCAUCAACCACAGUCCCUAGUGUUUCAACACACUGUUCAAACGUACCUGGUAUAA